AUGGGGGCAUCCGAAGAUCUUCUGAGGAAGAUGGGUGCCCUCAUCGACGCAAAACUAGAAGCGGUCAUGCCCCCCCCUGCUCUGCCAGUGGGGUGGACAAACAGGAGCGCAUCACGUUUCCCCAAGAAGGGGGACAUUCGCGUGCGCUCGGAAUCCGGGCAGCGAGGUAAGGGAAAGGCGGGUAAGCCCGCGGCUCCCCCCUCGACCGCUCCGGCCCCCCAGGCGCAGCAGGAGGCCUUGGAUCCGGGUCCGUCCACCUCCAAGGCGGCGGACACGUGGUCCAAGGUUGUUGGCCGAAAGACCAAGAGGGCGACCAAAGGACCGUCCGGGGCUCCGUCCCCGGCGGCCCGGUCUGGCUCCGGGGCUCCUCCGUCAAAGGGGCAGCCCCGGAAUAAGAAGAAGAGGCGGCGGGUGCGACUGCGGGCCCCCAGGACGGCCGCGGUCGUGGUGGCUCGGGACCCGUCCGCCAAAAUAGAGUUAGGCGAGGCCCUUAAAAGGUGCCGCCUAGCCAUUCCCCUCGAAUCCCUCGGGAUAGAGGGGAUGGGCUUCCGGCGGACAAUGACCGGGGACAUGAUGAUUCAAGUCCCCGGUCCAGAUAUGGCCGCUAAGGCUGAUGCCUUAGCGGCCAAAAUGGAAGGUGUCCUCGCGGGGACCGGCGUUAAGAUCCGCCGCCCCUCGCGUCCCGGAAGUGUCCGGGUGCGAGGGAUCGACNGGACGGUCUCCCGCGAGGAAGUACUGGCGGCGCUCGCCCGUGAGGGCGGCUGUCCGGAGGGGGAGAUCCGGUUGGGCGAACUCCGGGCUCUCCCCUCCGGACUGCAGACAGUUUGGGCACAAUGCCCUAUGUCUGCGGCCAAGAAACUGGCCGCAGCAGGCCGG